AUGAACGUCAUUCUGAGCUUGAUGUGGUCCCGAAAUUGCUUGCAUUUGCAUGGCAAAGAUUUUAGUGAGCUGGUGACAUCCUUUGAAAACUACAUGUCUAUCACGGCAACAUCCGUGGUCACUACAAGCACCCACCUGCAUCUUGCGGGUCAUCAAUUCCGCUCCAGCAGUCUAAGGAUCCUUAAGUCACACUGCAUAGGAUGUGAGGAUGCUGAGGGACAUGCUGUGGCAGCGAAGGAGGAAACAUGCUGGAGGGAGCUCUCUAAGCCGACAUUUGGGCUCUUGUUUGACAUAGAUGGAGUCCUUGUCAGAGGGAAAACCCCGAUCCCUGCCGCAAGAAGUGCCUUCCAGAAACUAGUAAAUAGCCAUGGCCAAUUCUUGAUGCCAGUCGUGUUUGUCACAAAUGCUGGAAACUGCCUUCGCCAGACCAAAGCUGACCAACUAUCCAAUAUACUAGGAGUGCCAAUCUCACAGGACCAAGUGAUGAUGUCACACAGUCCACUGCGUAUCUUCAAACAGUUUCACAAUAAGUGUGUCUUGGUAUCUGGACAAGGCCCAGUUCUAGAUAUAGCAAAAUAUUUAGGAUUUUCUAAUCCUAUCACUGUGGACUCUGUGUGCGAGUCUUAUCCAUUCCUGGAUAUGGUGGACCACAGACGAAGACCUACAAUUUUGCCAUCUACAGCUGUGGAUCUGCCAAAGAUAGAUGCUGUGAUCCUGUUUGGGGAACCAAUUCGAUGGGAAACAAAUCUUCAGAUCAUUAUUGAUGUUUUGCUGACGGGGGGUUAUCCUGCAAACCCCCAUAGAUCCACCAGUUACCCUCAUAUUCCAUUGCUGGCAUGUAAUAUGGAUUUGAUGUGGAUGGCAGAGGCCCGCUCACCAAGGUUUGGACAUGGAAUAUUUAUGGUUUGUCUUGAAAGCAUCUAUAAGAAGAUUACAGGAAAGGAACUGAAGUAUGAGGUUUUAAUGGGCAAGCCCAGCGAGGUGACUUACCACUAUGCAGAAUACCUCAUCCGAUCCAAAGCGGCGAAGAUGCAGUGGAAUAAUCCUAUCCAAACACUCUAUGCUGUUGGGGACAACCUAAUGACCGAUAUCUAUGGUGCUAAUCUCUACAACCGCUACCUUAAGGAGCGAACUUCUACCAAAGACUCCGAGGCACUAGUGCAGGCCGGCACUGGAGCCCGAGUCACAACCGUUUCUCAGGAUGUGGAGGCAGCAUGGGAAAGUGAGCUGUCCUGCCCUGGUGCCACUCAUUGUAAGUCUGUUCUGGUUUGCACUGGGAUCUACAACCCUCACGCCGAAGUGCCUGCUGACCCCACACAGUCAGUUACUGAAACAGUAUUUCAUGGUCACCGGGAUUUCAGGAUCGACCCUGCCUUGGUAGAACCUGGCCAUAUUGUUCCGGACGUUAAUGCUGCAGUUGACCUGAUCUUCCAACUAGAAAAGUUUUUGCCAUCCAGCGACUCCAGGACCAGCUAGAGAUUUCUCUAUUUAUAUAUGAUUAUAUAUAUUUGACACUAUCAGGAUAUUACGACUCCUCUAACCUCAAACACCUUUCGAUGUUCGUUAGUUGUACAGCACUUUACUGUGUCCCCUUUUCUUUUUUUCUAUUUCUAUGAUCUUUAAG